UCCAUGAUGGUCUCCGGGAAGCGAGACUUGGCGUCGCUUUUGGUACGAAGCGGGUCGGCGGGGCUUGUUCCCUACUUUAGUCGUUUAUUGUUGAUGAUCAUGCAACCACCCAUCGCAUUUCAGCCAUUGCUUGCUUUCUUGCUUCUGCCGAACCACGCGCCUUGCUCGUAUUCGACAGGGCCUGGCCUUGACCAGUGUGCAAUGUUCUCACUGCAGUCGCACUGGUUGGCCGUGAUACAGGUACCAGUGUCGUUCGAAUGUGUAUACUCACGCCUUGGUUGUCAUUGUGGACCCGGUUGGCUGUGCCUUUGCCUUGUGCUACGCGCAGAUUCCUCCUUAUUGUUGUCAUAUGCAAGGCAGGCCGGCACGAGCGUCUUUCAUCCCACUGGUGGACUUGGGUACUGCUAUGUAAGUGUAUACCUAUCUGUCUCUGCCAUCUAUUAA